AUUUUAGACUCAGAGCUGGUGACGGAAGUUUUGGAGGAGGCGACCAGCAUUCUCCAAACCCUUCCUAACAUUCAGAGGGCCUCUACCACUCUCUCUCAGCGCAUCACCAUUUGUGGCGACCUCCAUGGUCAGGUGGAAGACUUGGUGCUCAUCUUUCAAGCGGCAUGUCCCUCCUCCUUCUUACUCCAAAAUUGUCUAUUGAGUGUAAACGGCCUUCCGGACAUAUUUAAUCCAUACAUAUUCAACGGAGACUUUGUUGAUCGGGGCAACAAUUCCAUUGAAGUGCUUGUCAUCCUUCUCUCCUGCCUCUUAGCUCAUCCUUCAGCAGUUUAUCUCAAUCGUGGGAAUCACGAAGAUCCAAUGUUGAAUAAGCGAUAUGGAUUCGCUGACGAGGUUCGCACAAAGUAUCCGAAACAAUGCAAAAAAAUUUUGAAGCAGACGGAGCUUCUUUUCUGCAACAUUCCACUCUGCACAAUCUUGGACGACGUCAUUCUUGUGUGUCAUGGCGGAAUUUCCCGAACAACCGACUUUACUAAGGUCACAAAACUCGAUAGGAAAAUGUUUUCCUCAGUUCUUCAGCCCUCUUUGGAUGGGGAAAACGCAGUCUCCAUUGACGACUGGCGACAGGUUCUUGACAUCUUAUGGAGCGAUCCUCAGUCGGCACCCGGAUGCAAACCGAACAUCAAACGUGGCGGAGGAAGUCACUUCGGCCCAGACAUCACUGCCAACCUCCUCACUCACCUAAAAGUUGGUGUCCUUAUACGCUCACACGAGUGCUGUCCCAACGGCUGGAAGAUGGAUCACAACAAUCAGGUCCUGACCGUGUUCUCUGCCUCCAACUACUACGGAACGGACAGCAACCUCGGCGCCUUUGUCCAACUCUCCUCCAAGCGCGUAGUGGGUACACCUCGUGCUGAGACACGGAUUAGUAUAAUGGAGCCGACAAGGUGUGAACUCGAUGACUUGUCAACCACUCAGACGCCUACGGUGGGCGACGAAGGCGCUGUCAGCACUGCAUCGACUAACACCUCACCUCGAAUCACUUAUACUCGAAUUUUGACGCCACCGGAGAACGGAGAGGAAACAUCAGGUAGACAUAGACGGAUUGUAGAAACACUUCUAAUGCCGCGACUGGUGACUUUUAAAGCAGGACGAUCGAAUAAGCAACAAUCUCUUCAAGGAAACCGAAACUCAAACGACGCUGCUUAUCGCAUGCUGCUGAGGCGAAUCCUUAGCCGUAAGGAGUCCAUAGUUGCUGCCCUGCAUAACUACGAUCCACAGCAAACUGGUCAGUAA